AUGGCUGUGUUAUCGGAAGAUGCUGCUUAUACCGAGCGUAGUUCCCCGUACAUGUCACUUGGCAUCGCGGGUUCUCAUACCUGGGCACAAACGUUGAAAUGAUUAGAAGCAGAUCUGUGGUUGUGGUCGUGCUAGCGGCUGUAUAUUGUGUGGGCGCAUCGUGGCUUCCGUGGGCGUCCGAGCUGCAGCGCAGCAGCCUGGAGCUGCAGAAGGCGCCCAACAACGACUUCAACAUUCUGCACUUCAACGCGACCACCAUCUGUCUGCGGCUGUCUGCCUCCAUCUCCAUCCUGGUGCAGUACAAGACGGAACGCGUUAGGGACGGAGCGGUCCAGAUCAUAGUUCCACAUCUUACAAAGGAAAAUGUUGAAGGCAGCUGUGGUCCAGACGCCUCUCUUCAUCUGUCCUGGCCUUCACCUGACGCAACAACGGAGACUCCGACGCCAGAGGAAGCUAAUGCACUGAAUGUGGAAGAGACAUCGUGGUCCGAGCCCACAGUAUUUGACGAUGUCAACAGCAACACACUUCAUUUCGACUUUGUACAGCAGAACGACUCUUACUUCAUAGCAAACAUUACAGGCUUCAUUAAUAUUAAUGACGUUUCCGAAGACUAUUCACCAAACAGCACGGUAAUCGAACUGUCCGUAACAGACCAGAAACUGUUCGAGGCGCCGCUGGGGAUCGUGUCCAUGUGCUACGGGAAGACGCUGGUCGAAGGAGACGUCUACGGCAACGUGACAGCCGUCACUCUCGUUUUCACCGACGUGCAGCUACUGGCCUACCACGAGGAGUCCUUUUGGCCAAACCAAGUGAGCUCGUGUAGGUCCUCGCCUGUGCUGGAGACAGACGACACGGUGGCCAUCGUCCUCGGCACACUGGCAGCCGUGGUCGGCGUCGGACUGCUGGGCGCCUUCAUCUACUACCUGCGUACGCGAUAACUGCCGCAACGCUGUGUGGCAGGUUUAUGGUACCACUUCUACCGUGGUAAAGACACACAAAUAGGGAAUUAGCCAGUAACGUCUUUAGAUGUUUUGUUUCCAAGAAUUGACUUCACUGUACUCUGAUUAUAUUAAAUUUAUCGUUUGAUUUGUCUCUGUACGAUCUGUACUGAUAUGACUGUCAUGGUUCCUCUGGAGUGGACAUACGCAGCCACAUAUAAAGCAACUGAAGUAAAUAAAUAUUUAUGUAAUUAUUUUGUUUUCUGUUUUUAGGCAAUAUACUGAACUGUAAUGA